AGAAUUUCUCGUAAAUAUCAAUGACAACAGAAUUAAAACAGGUAUCAUUUCCUCCGGAAGUAUUAGCAAGAAUAGUACCUGAAGUUUCACUUCAACGUCAUUUAUCUAUUGGUCUUAGGCCUAACUUGCGGAAUUUUCUUGAAUUUAAACCCAUUGAAAUAGCAUCACAUGCUAAUAAUAUUACGACUACUAAUGAUAAUGUAUUUGGUUCAUCAAUAGUUAAGAGUGGAAAUUCUACUAUUGUGACUACUGUAACAUUAGGAGUUGUUGAGAAUACCAAUUCUUCCACAUCAACUUUCAAUAAUAAUAAUAAUAAUAAUAAUAAUAAUAAUAAUAAUUUAACAAAUGAUCAAUUCACAUCAAUUUAUCCUGUCAUAGAUAUUCAAAGAGGUAGAUCAGGUGCUCCAAGUGAUGAGGAAAUGAUUCUUUCUCAGAAUUUAUACGAAACUAUUUUACAUUCUAGACUUAUAUCCAAAGCUGCAUUAAAGAUAAAUCAUUGUGGAUUAGCUAUAAAAGAAACUGAUAUUAAUAGUGAUAAAGAUAAUAUUCAAAUUUUUUAUCCUGAUAUUCAUCCUCAAGUAUUUGUAAAUUUACCAUCGUCAUCUUCAACAUUAAAGAAAUCAUAUUCAUUUGUAAUUUUCUGUCAUGUUAAAGUAUUUUCCAAAAUCUCUACUAUUUUUGAUCUUUGUUAUUCAUCAAUUAUUGAUGCACUUCAUGAUCUUAAAUUACCUAGAGUUUAUAUAACUGAUUUUUCAAGUACAAAAAUUUCAGUCAAAUCUAGAAAUAGUAAUACAAGAGGAUUGGUUGGGGUUAGUAAAUCUAGUCUUAAUAUUGAUUUAAAUAAUGAAUUAUAUUAUCCUCUUGAAUUAAGUUCAGAAGGUGGAAUAAGUUGUAAUUUUGGAGCCAUUAAAACUGUGAAAAAUAAACAAGAAGAUGAAGAUAUUACUAUGGAAAAUGAAGAAGUGGUAGAAUUAUUAGCAGAUUUGGAAGGAGAAGCUGAAGAAUCGACUAUUUUAUCAAGAAUUUCUAUUAUAGUUGAUGGAAAUGAAAAGAUUAAAAGAUUAAGCUUAAUAAAUGGAGAUAUUAAUAGUGAAAUAAGCUUAGAUAUUCUUCAAAGAGCCAUUGAUGUGGCCAAACUUCGAUCAAGAAAUGAUUAGAUUUAUAUAGAUUUACGAAUAAAUAAUAAUACAAAACCUAAUUUAGGUAUAUCGCAUGUAAUAUAGUGGUAAUCAGCAAUGGUUUAAUCAAAUAGAGAAAUUCAUAGCUUUCUAGUGUUAUCUUCAAUAAAUAAUGUUGAUGCUUGUAGAAAUGUAUAGCGAGAUUCCGCCACAGUUUAGUAAACUUUUUGCAGCUAUUGCAAAUCCUACAUCGCAGACAAUUUACAUUUACUCCAUAAUACUACUGAACAUAUUAAAGAUUGGCAAUGUAUCAUAGGCUCAUGUAAUCAUGAUACUGAUGUCAAUUGAGUAAUAAUCGAUUG